AUGUCUUGCCACCUCUUUCAACAAGUCCAUGGAGUACCUGUCCUCAGACAUUACAUGGCUGUGCCAAAUGGGGACAGAGCCAACAACUGUUUUGUUGAAUCCGAUAAUUCCUCGAUCAAGCGUCUUGAUCGAGGUCCAAAACCAAGCAACAAGAUUCAUGUUUCAGCCUUGAAAUUGGCACAGCGGGACAUAGCCUACGUCAACAAUCUAACAGUUCAAAGUAUCAAGUGUUCAGUGUCCACGUCAACACGGUCCCAGCAGACCAACACCAGUGUCCACGAUGCAAAUCUAGAAGAAUUGACUAUGCAUAUUAUCAAGAGCAAAGCAUCACUGGCUGUUGAACAGCAUUGCCUAGGGUCCAACUGCUACAUCUACUAUCCUGGCCUCUCUAAUUCCAAGGAACAGACAUUUUAUGUUAGGGAAAACUUGAUUAGAGCUUCUGCGACAAGAUUCACUAGCUGGCACCCAGCGGUUCCAAGGAAAAGAUAUGGAUUCCAUGCUGUGUGUCAGCCAUCAUUCAAUAAUGACUCACUGUCUUUCAACACACCAGAACUGUUACCAUUACAGAGUCUAUGUUCGACCAAGGUGCGGUUUUCACCUGUUCUUGUGUUUUUUUCCAAUGUUCCAGAAUAG